CUCAAAUGGUCAAGACUCAAGACUAUAUAAGUAUAUAUAAAUCUACAACUAAAACCAAUCUCCAGUGCAUUUUGAAACUACAAGCGUGCAUAACUUUCAGAGAGCAACCCAGAAAAUAUUUCUCUCUUUCAAUUUCCUCUCAAAAAACAUAAAAAAAACUAAAAAAAAAAAAGAGAAGAGGAGAGAGAAAAUGGGAAGAGCUCCAUGUUGUGAGAAGAUGGGAUUGAAGAAAGGUCCAUGGACUCCUGAAGAAGAUCAAAUCUUAAUUAAUUACAUUCGCCUUAAUGGUCAUAAUAAUUGGCGUGCACUUCCUAAACUUGCCGGUUUGUUAAGGUGUGGGAAGAGUUGCAGGCUUAGAUGGACAAAUUACUUGAGACCUGAUAUUAAAAGAGGCAAUUUUACCCAAGAUGAAGAAGAAACUAUUAUCAAAUUGCAUGAAAUGCUUGGAAAUAGGUGGUCAGCAAUUGCAUCAAGACUACCCGGAAGAACGGACAAUGAGAUUAAGAAUGUGUGGCACACUCACUUAAAGAAAAGACUUGUUAAGCAAACCGAACCAGAUCAAACUGUUUCCACCACCAUUGCUCGAACCAUCAAAAAGCGAUCUCGUAAACCGAAAUCCAAAGAAAAAAACAUGGUUUCCAAGGUCAUAAAAUGUGAGCCAGUCUCCCCACAACCAUGUACAAGUACAAGUACAAGUUCUAUUAUUACUAGUACAAGUUCAGGUAAUAACGCCAAUUUCAGCAAGGAAAAUGUGGGUUUGUCUAAUGGUUAUAUCGGCGAUUUUCCGGAAAUUAACGACGAUUUUUGGAUGGAAGUUUUAUCCGUGGAAGACACUGCUAUGUCAACAGAUGAUAAUCUUCCUGGUGUUUCACAUUGCAAUUUGAGCAACUCAUCGGAAAAUUUAAUAACAGAGUCAGAGUCAAAGUCGGGAUCAAAAGUUCAUAGUGAUGAAAUGGACUUCUUUUGGUAUAAUUUGUUAACAAGAAAUGAUGAUUUACCUGAAUUUUCUGAGAUGAUUUAGUAAGGAUACUAAUGAACUAGUGUUAAAAACAUAUUUCAUACUCCCUCCAAUUCAGCACUAACGUCUCAUUUGCUUUUUGGAUA